AUGAGCCAUUCCGUCCGAAAUCCGUGCCAACGUAAUAUUCCGUCUCAAAUCCGUGUGAAUUUCGUCUUAGAUCUGUCUGAAAUUCCGUCUGAUUCGGAGCUUAGCAAUAUUGAAAGUGAGGAAUAUAUCGACUACCAUGGCAAGAGGGCAGAUACAAGAAAGCACGGAGGACUAAGACCUGCUGCCAUUGCAUGUGUUGUAGAGAUGUUACUGAGCUUGAUUACCUCAUGUAAUGGAGUAACCUUGGUUGACUACUUUCUAAAGUCAAUGCAUUAUUCAGUUGCUGAAUCUUCAAACAUGGUUACCAACUUUUUGGGAACAGCUUUUUUGCUCAGCAUUUUUUGGGGGUUUAUUAGUGACUCUUACUUAACAAGAUUCACUGUAUUCGUCAUUUCUGGUAUCUUACAGUUGAUGGGACUACUAAUGCUCACAUACCAAGCUCAAAACCCUAAUUUGCAACCACCAGAAAAUCAAACACCAUCAUUUAUUGAAGCUAUUUUUCUUUACAUUGGACUUUAUGCUAUAGCCAUAGGAGUUGGUGGUGUCAGAGCUACCUUGCCAGCACAUGGUGGUGAUCAACUUGAUGAAAACAAUAAGAGCCUCAUUUCCUCUUACUUUAGUUGGUAUUUCUUUUGUUUAUGCAUAGGGGGACUUUUGUCAACAAGUGUUAUGGUUCCAAUUGAACAAAAAUAUGGGUGGAGUACAAAUUUUAUGAUAAUGGUUUUUGUUAUGAGUUUAGCAUUGUGCACUUUUGUGGCUGGUUUUCCAUUGUAUAGAUAUAAAAUACCUUCUGGAAGUCCUUUAACUCGGAUCAUUCAGGUGAUGUACAUUUUUGUAUUAGUUUCUUCAGUUAGAAAUACAACGGUGUCAACAGUUGGAAGUUUGAAUCAUGAUGUCACAGAGCAUUUGCUUGAAAGAGAGCAAUUUCGUGAUAAAUUCAAAACCAAACACACGCUAAACAAAGCAUUGAUGGAUUCCAACAUUAGUGUUUCACAAGUUAAAGAAACAAAAACAUUCCUAGGACUUCUCCCAAUAUUUGUCACAACAAUAAUGAUGAACUGUUGUGUAGCACAAAUCCUAACAUUCUCAGUACAACAAGGAAACCUCAUGAACAAAAAAUUAUACAAUUUAACAAUCCCUACACAAUCAAUAGCAGUUAUUCCAAUCCUUAUAUCACUAAUUUUCAUAAUCCUAUUUGAACAAUUCAAAAAAAUAAACAAACACAAAGACACAACAAACAUCAAAUUCUCCAAACCACUUUUUAGGAUAGGUCUUGGAUUAGCAUUAGUAUCAAUAUCAAUGUUUGUGGCAUCAAUCAUUGAAUCAAUGAGGCUUGAAGCAUUCAAGAAUGGGAAAACACUACAUGUGUUUUGGUUAACAUUUCAAUACAUUUUAUUGGGAAUAGGUGAUACACUUACAUUGGGAGGAAUGCUUGAAUUUUUCUACUCGGAAGCACCUGAAAGUAUGAGAAGUAUUUGUACUUCAUUGUCUUGGUGUUCAAGUUCUAUGGGAUUGUUCUUGAGUUCUUUGUUGGUGAGUUUAAGCAAUGCAAUUAGUGGAAAAUUUGGUAUGCAAUGGUUUGGUGGAAAAGAUUUGAAUCAUUCUAGGUUGGAUCUUUUUUAUGCUCUUCUUUGUGUUAUCAAUGUUUUAAAUUUUAUGCUUUAUGUUUACUUUGCUAAGAGGUAUUAAAUCUCUUGGUAAAUUUAAGGUUGGAGUAAAAUGACUUUUGAA